CCGCAGUUUUGCAGCCUUCCUUCGUAGCGCCAUUCCCGAUGAGCAGCUCGUCCCUAGAUCCGAAUACAUGGGUGCCGCCGGUUUUUGACUGGUCUUCUCCAGCCCGCGGCAGUCGCAUGCAAGGUCCGACGUCGGUUCCGGCAUCGCCCUCAUGCCUACAAUUUUGCGACCCCACUUUUGUCGGUGCGCAGGGAGUAGCGCCUCCAACAACUGCUCCAGUGCACCGUCGGCCAGCAGUGGCUCCGGUCUCCUCUUUGGAGGCUAUUGCACAAGCUAUGGGUUUUUCGACUCCCAAUGUUACUCAUAUUGUCACCACAAAGCUUGAUGCGGUUGCAGAUUAUCUUCCUUGGCGCACACAAUUUGAGUCAUUCCUAGUCUCACACGGCUUAAUGGGUAUUCUUGAUGGUACGAUUACUGCUCCUUCUCAAUAUAUUUUUGAUAAUCUUCGUCUAGAGAUUGUGAACAACGAGUAUUAUUAUUGGUUAAAGCUAGAUCAAACAGUUCGUUCUUGGCUGUUUGCUACUUUAUCUCGUGAUAUACUUGUUGAGGUUCACACUCUCCAGACCUCUGCUACCAUAUGGAAUCAUCUAGAGUCUCGAUUUAUGGCUGCUAGUAUGGCUCGUUCAAUGGAAUUAAAAAGAAUGUUCUCAGCUUCCAAAAAGAAAGAAAAUCAGUCCAUUGAACAGUACAUGCGUGAAAUUCAAAAAAUUGCGGAUGCCCUAGCCACAAUUAAUUCCCCGGUGUCUAUGAAAGAUCUACUUGAACAAACUCUUUUGAGACUUGGUCCGGAUUAUGAGUCCAUCAUUACUACCUUGACUACUUUUCCUGAGGGUCUCACUUUUGACAAACUACGGACCAAGUUCAUGGAGCAAGAGAACCGCUUACGCUACCUUCGUGCUCAAGAAACCAUGCACCAACCUGCGGCGUUUGCUGCUCAGCCUGCGGCUCCGGCGGUAGCACCUGCACCUGGGGGAGAUCCUCGCGGCGGCAAUAUCUUUAAUCGCGGCCGAGGUCGCCGCGGCGGACGAGGACGGGGGCAGCGAGGGCGCGGCCGAGGAUAUGGACAGCAGUAGCACCUGUACGGUGCUCCGGGUUACGGCCAGCAGGGCGCCUACCAUCAGCCACGACCCGGACAGCCUCCAGCCGGGUAUUUUCAGCAGGGUUAUUACCCGGGUUCGCCAGCUCCUACACGACCAGGUUCAGUUAUAUGUAAUACGGUUUUUUCAUCGUUAUAUACGCAUCCCUAUUUUGUUGCUGGUACUAACCAUGGUUAUGCAGGCUCACCGUUAGUAGAUGGACAGUUUGGUUCCUUUCCCCCGCCAGUUGUUUGUCAAAUUUGCUAUUCUCCGGGUCAUUAUGCAGUGUCUUGUCCGUCCCGUUUUAAUCAGCCUACUGCUUCAGCACUUGUUGCACCCAUGGGUGACCCAAAUGACGUUGUCUGGUUUCCAGACUCCGGUGCUUCUGCGCAUAUGACCCCUCAGGAAGGACAAAACCACGAGGGGAAUCCUUCUUCAAGCUUCCAGUAGCGGCAGUCUCUAUCCCAUUCGUUUGUCUUCUUCCCCGGCUCUGGCUCUUGCUUCUAGUGUGGCGAAUGGAUCUCUGUGGCAUCGCCGUCUCGGACACUGUGGUAGUAGAGUUUUAGAUGGUCUUAGAAAAUCUGGUCAAAUUUGUAGUGUGUCCUCUUUUACUCAUGAUUGUUCUUCGUGUCGAUUGGGUAAAUCUCAGAGAUUACCCUUUCAAGAUGUUUGUCAUUAUGCUACUAAACCAUUAUUUUUAAUACAUUCAGAUGUGUGGCAAUCUCCAGUUUUAACUU